AUGCAUGCAACGCUACACGGAAUACAGGUGUACCGGCAGUCUGAUUGGCUUGCCGGUGUGCCGCUGCCUGACUGGACCUCCAUCGAGACAGCAGCAACACGAGAAGAAGCAGCAGCAGCAGCAGCAGCAGCAGCAGCAGCAGCAGCAACUGAGCAGCAGCAGCAGCAGCAGCAGACAACUGCUUUUUCUGACUCUGAUGACAGCGACUCCCAGCAGCAGCAGCAGCAGCAGCAGCAAGAGCUGGACAAGGACUCCAGCAGCAGCAAGGAAGCAGCAGCAGCACUGCAGCAAGAAGAGCGUGGUGAGCCUCAGCAGCAGCAGCAGCAGCAGCAGCAGAAACAGCAGCAGCAGCAGAAGCAGCAAACAACCAUCCCCAAGCUGCAGCUGCGGGGCCCCCAUCAGCAGAAACAGCAGCAGCAGCAGAAGCAGCAAACAACCAUCCCCAAGCUGCAGCUGCGGGGCCCCCAUAUGCCGAAGCCACCACCCCCCUCUCGCCCAGUUGUAAGCAGCAGCAGCAGCAACAGCAGCAGCAGCUACAGCAGCAGCACCCCUAGCAGCAGCAGCAGCAGCAGCAGCAGCAGCGUCAGCCCAGCCAGCCCUGAGGGGGAGGCCGAAGACUGA